UAAUUGAACAUUUAUAUUAUUCAUUUAAUGUUAAUUAUAAUGUAUAAUAGUUAAAUUUGAGGGCAACCUUGGAAUAUUAAAAGUGCAUGAGGGUAUAUGGGUAAAAUCUCAUCAAGGAUUUAUGUCAUAUUCCAAAUCCCACAUCAACAUGUGGGAUUUAUAAGUCUGUGGGGUCCACGGAUUUGGACCAUUAAAAUCCGUGGGCCCCACGGAUUUGGUCUCCAAAAAAGGUGCAAGCAAACAAAGGAUUGUACCUAAAUCCUUGAUAGUUGGUUUUUUGGUACCAAAUCCAUGUACCAAAUCCUUGAAGCAAACGACCCCUUAUAGAAUCUGGGAACCAAAAAGCGAAAUCGUAGACUUUGGGGACCAAAGCUGGAAGGAAAACGGAAGGCCAAAACUAAAUGGAAGGUUGACAGAUUCCACGCGGGUCGCGACUGAGACAAAAGAGGACGGCACCUUUUGGCGGAGGAGGUACCCAAUUGUAUCGAUCUUGUCCAUUGUUCGCCGUCGUCCACUGCUUCCGCCGCCGCCAUCUCAACUUCUUCGUCGCCGCCUGUCAUCGUUCAUCACCGCCGACUGAGGAGGACAGGGAUCGGAAACAAGAGGGGCCGCCACAGCCACUUGAUCAAUUUUCCCGUUGGCAUCGCUCGUCUCGCAAUUGAAUCUAAAGGGAGAUAGAACUUCUCCCGAGAGAGAAGUGAACCAGAAUCGGAGUUUCAGAUAGAGCGAGAGGGAGAGCCCCAGUCAUCGCCGUCCGUCCCCCCAACCGUCUGUACGCUGAGCUCUGCAGUCGUGUUGCUGCAUAAUCAUUUUCAGGUAUGGCUCCGCUUUUAGUCCGAACGAGUUAGUCCAUAGUUGUAUCUGUCGAAUCUGUGAUUGAUGGCCGUGGUGGUUUAUGGUUCAACAAGUAGGCGUAACGAGUAAGAUAGGUGCGAAUUGAUUUGGAAGCAGAGAAUGCUCUUUCACUGAGUAUUAGAAUUUAGAAAUUCCUGUAGGACCAUUUCGUGAUUGCUGUCUUUCAAGGGACAGCGGUAAGCCAGUAACUUUUGGGUUUAGCUGGAGAGAUGCUUGACUGUUCUUUGAUUUAAUCUUCGCGUAUGGGAAUGAAUAACUUUCCAUAUCUGUUCUUCACACUGCUCUUUGCUAUAGCUGCGCAGAUUGUUUUGCAUACAGCGUUGAACAGAAUAUGUAAAGUAAAGGGCUUUCUUUCUCUUGUAUAUUGACCUUGAAUAGGUGCUUCUUAGGUAGCCUGUCUAUGCUUCAGCUGGUGGAAAAUUGAUGUGAUCUUGAGCUGUGAUUGUCCCAAGUACCUUUUGCAUAUACUGACUGGAGAAGUGUCUUGAGUUCUUAUAGGAUGUCUCAUUCUGGAAUGAUGGUUUUGAUUUCCGUCUAUCAGGUUCCUCUGUAGGCAGACUUGGGAGAUCUUAGUCGAGUAGCCUCUGUAGUUGGAAUGGCAACUAGACGGCAUGUUAAUUAUAGUCCUCUUGCUAUCGAUGAAGAUGAUGAGUACAAUGGCAUGAGACAUGACCGUCGGUUUGAUUACUCUCCAGGGGCUUUUGAUAGAAUUCCAUGGAAAUCUGUUGUGCUUGCAAUUUUCUUGCUCUUUCUCGGAUCACUUCUUCUUUUUCUUUCUUUCUUCGUUUUCAUUGGCCACAUGGGAGGCGAGAAGUCACAAGCGUAUGGUCUCUUAGCCCUGGGAAUCCUUACCUUCUUACCAGGUUUUUAUGAAACUCGGAUAGCAUAUUACUCGUGGAGGGGUGCUAAGGGCUAUCGAUUCGCCGCCAUACCGGAUUAUUAGUCUUGCCUGCAUCUACGGUAAACUCUGGAGGGAUACGUCGUUGGCCCUGUUCUCAACUAUACUAUCUUCUUGUAUAGAAUCUGGCUUUGCACUUGUAGAUCUGGGCAUGCGUUUUCAGCAUGGAAGUGUUUGUAUUGCUUUUGUUGUUGAGGUGGAUAAUUUGGCAAGUGUUUUGGUGUUUUUAGGAAAAGAUCUUGUCUUCUCCAUUGUUUAGAAUUUGUCUAAUACUCUACGUUGAAGUUUGUAAAAGGCGUUCUGCAUCGUUAAAUCUUGCACAUUGCUUGGAAGUUGGAACCAAGUUUCCUUUGCAAACUACUUCUGGAUUCUAGUGACCUUAAUUGCUCCGACUAAAAUCGUGGUUCAACCAUUUCGUAUCUUUAACAUUGUCUACUGUUUGAGGACCGCUAUCUAGUACUUCCGUUCGACCGGCUGGUACAAUUUCUAAGAAAUUAGUUUAAACUUUGUUGGGUGAGUUUGAGACUAAGAUGGGUCAUUUUUUUUUUUUCAAAAUGGUCUUUCUUCCGGCUUGAGUUCAAGUCCUUAAAUCUUAUUUCUUAAGGAGAAUCUUAAAGCCUUCCUAUUGGUUGAUAGUGGAUUAGGUAGUUAAAAGGGAUUAGUAGUUAAUAGGUAGUUAAGAGUAAAUGGGAUUAUACAAAUAUAAUUAAUAUUAUUAAUUAAUUAUUCUCUUUCUCUCUCCUCCCAUGAUUUUCUCCAUAACUAUCUCUCUACAUUAUAAUAAAAAAAUACAAAAUUAAUUUUAUUUAAUAUUUAAUGAAAUCCGAAUUUAAUAAUUUUCCUUUUCAGAAAUGGAAAUUUAAAAUUUCAAAUAUAUGGUCUCUCUCACAUCUUGGCAGCCUGCAAUUUAGUAUCAAUAUUUUGUAAUGACAUUAUCAAUAUUUAUAAAUUGAAUCAUCAUUAGGGCUUUUCGUUGCAUGGUUUAGGAUUUUUCGUUUUAAGGUAUUCAUUUGUGUUAUUAUUAAUGUUGUUCAACGGGUUUUUUUAAUAAUGUUAUAUUACAUUAUUAACUUUUUAUGUUUUGUUUUGUGUGUAACAUUAGCAAAAGUGAAAUUGUGUUUUCAAUUUGUUGGUACUUAAAUUUCAUUUACUAUUACAUAGUAUAUCAAUUUGGUUCGCAAUGAUUUAUAAUCAUUUGAAGUGCUAUUAUCAAUGUUUUUUGCAAGCAUAAUACAACCAUUAGCAACAAUUUAUUUCAUUGAUUUGUAUUAUUAACAUUUUUUCGUGUAUGUUUGUAACUUUGUCAAAUGUCAUUAUCAAUUUAUCAAGAAGCAUACUUGUUAGGUAUUCGUUUGUUUAUGACAUUAGCAAAAGUGAAUUUGUGUUUAAUGAUAUAACUAUGGUUAUUAACCUUUCAGGCUAAGUUAGUAACGUAGUUGGUGUCAUUAUUAAUGGAUGUGUAUAAACAUUAUCAAUGUUUGAAAAAAUAAGAUAUUAAUAAUAUAUAGUAAGGUACUUAACAAUUAUUAGUUGCUAUCAUUAUCAAAGUUUUUUAUUGCACUAACAACUAAACACACGUUAGUUAUUAAUGUGUUUUUAGUGUUAUUUUAUAUUAAACAAUUAAUUUGAAUAUUAUUAAUAUUUUUUAUUACAAAAAUAUAUUUCCUUAUCAAUGACUUGCUCAUUUGUUAUUAAUGGUUUUUAAUAUCUUUAUUAAAAGCUUGAUGUCAUUUUAUAAUGUUGAAGUCGGACAUUAUUAUAGAUGUUUUGUGUUUAUUUUCAACGAAAUACUUUUCAUUAUCAAUGAUUUAUUGUAAUGUUAUUAAAAGUUUGGUGUUGAAGCGUGAAUGUUGGUUUGCUUGGGCUAAUAUUUUUCUUGACAAUGUUUGUUUGACUGAAUCACACAAGUGCACUAUGUCACAAGUACCCAAGAUGUUGAAAAUCAAUAUUGUGCUUUAUGAUCAUUGAGAAUAAUAAUGUAAAGCAAUAUUAAUUGAUCAUAAAACGUUAAUAAUGUCAUUAGAAAUCAUUGAAAGAGGCCAUGACUAGAUAGUUAUAAACAUGAUGUGAAAAUGUGAAUCAUUAGUACUAAAGAUGUUGUAAAUCAAUGAUAUUGUUAUUCAAACUGUUAAUGACCAUGUUACAUAACUUUAAUGAUUCAUUCAUAGGCGUUGAUGACGAAACCAUAAAACGGUAACAAUGGAUCCAAAAUUGUUAAUAAUGUAAUUGUAAAGAAUUGAUAAGUAUAUCGAAAUCGUUAAUAGUGAUGAGUAUAAUAAUAACGAUUCAUUUCAUAAAUGCUGAUAAUGUCAUUGCAAAAUGUUAAUAAUGGAUUGCAAAUUGCCACGAAGUAAGAGAGAGCAUAUAUUUUUAAUUUUCAAUUUUAAUUUUAAAAAAUAAAAAGUAUUAAGUUCGAAUUUAUUAAAUAUUAAAUAAUAAUAUUUAAUUAAAUUAAUUUCGAAUUUCCUUUUCAUUGUAGUGGAGAGAGAGGGAUAUGGAGAAGAUCAAGGGAGAGAGAGAAAGAGAAUCAUUAAUGAGUAAUAUUAAUUAUAUUUUUAUAAUAUCUUAUUUAUUCAAACUAAAUAUUAACUACUAACCAUCAUUAACUACCUAAUCUAGUAUAAGCCAAUAAAAAUAGUUUAAGAACCUCCUUAAACAAUGAGGCUUAAGGACCGGAUCCAACCCGCCUUCUUCCGCAAUCCCAAAAGGUAAUUGGGGACGCGAUUCAUUUCAUAACUUAAUUUGUGGCAUCUCCUAAACCGUUUCGAUAUUUUUUUUGACACGGGGAACGAAUUGUUUCAACUUCAUACUCGGAAAAAUAUAUCGAAAGAUUUUUUUGAUUCAUCACCGUAUUUGUAAAAUCGUACUAUACCAACAAUUAUGAUUUUACAAUUUUUGUUAUCAAAGUUUAAACAAUUAAACGAUUUUUAGUGAAAUGCGACAAUUGAAUCACAAUUAAAUAACAAUUUUACCGUUAUUUUUCUGAUAUGAUCAACGACGAGCUCGACCAUUAAUGCAACACCUCAGGCGAAUCCCACAUCGACAAAGUACGAGAGAGAUCCAUGGUUCGUAAGUAAGAAACUGACCUUAACUAACAAGACGCGUUUUUUUUUAUGAAUUUAACUGACAAGACGCGUUUCGGGAUGAAAUGAAAGAGUUCUUGUGAGAAAUAUGAAGUUAAACGUGCUCAACGUAGAGCAUUGCAAGGAUGAGUGACCUUAUGGGAAGUCACCUUGAUAUGCACCCAAACUGAAAAUCGUGAGGAUCUAGACCCAAAGCGGACAAUAUCUUCAAUAAGAAAAGGUUCAGGACGUCACAAUUAAUGCAUUUCGGGUUGAGACUAUGCAACAAUAUUCUAGAUCUGUUGCUAAACUCCACUUGGUUCAGAUAGUACACUUUUCUAAUCCUAUUUUUUGCCCAACUUUUAGAAGUGAUUUUCGGCUUCAAAAGCUGAAGCAGGGCCAAACACCUUCAAAAGCUGGAGCUUCUGCGAAAAGCUGUUUUGAAAAUACAAGAUUAUCCUUACCACAUUUCAAUUUUAUUUCAGAAAAUAUAUUUUUAUUUCAUUUAUAUAAUUUUAAAAAUAAAAUAAAUUAUAAAAUCAUAUUAUUUAAUAUAAAAUAAAUCUAACA